UGCAGUACCUAGAUGCCUACCUUUAGGUAGGUACCUACCUUGCAGCACACUUGCAGCCUACGGUGCGGUUACAAGGCCCCAUCCCCCGGGGAGGACAUUGUUGAUUCGCUUUCCGACUAAAGGGCAACGAGACAAAACAGAACUCCCAGCCAAGCACCCACGAUGGAGGCCAACGGCCAAGCCGCUGAGCCGCACGUUGGCGACCUCAACGGCAUCAGCACCGACACCGAGAGGAAGAGACUUCUCGAAAGCCCAGACGAGGAGCCUGCUCCUAAGAGGGCAAAGGCCUCGGAUGACAGCGCCGCUGCGAGAGACGAGGGUCCUCAGACAGAGACUGCUGUCAAGCCCUUGCCAAAGGGCACCGCCCCGGUGAAGCCUGAGUACCUGAUCAAGGUGCCCACACGGGUCUUCGACGUGGAGGAAGAAGUCGCCCCCAAGCCCGGCGGUGACGAUGAUGCGGCCGAGGAUAGGGGUCUCGAUGCCAGGGAUCAGGGCGGCAGAGCCAAGAACAAGAAGCAACGUGGCGUUAACACCGAGAGGGAGUUCGGCUUCUCAAAGGACUCUCACCAACUUUGCCAGACGCGCGCCCAUAGCGACGAGUUCUCCCCAAAGGAAUGCAAGCAUGGCGCGCGCUGCAACCGGCUCCACGAUCUUCGCAAGUACCUCGCCGAAGGCAGACGUGCUGAUCUCCAGGUCCUCGGCGGCAAGUGCCCCGUGUGGGAAAAGACCGGGGAGUGCCCCAUGGGCUGGAAGUGCCUGUUCGUCAGGUCACACAUGGCCGAGAUCGCGCAUGACGAUGGCAGGAAGGAGCUAUGCCUUGUGAAGGACUCGGGUCGUUUCCCCUCCGAGGCCCCGCCCGACGCUGACGGGUUCGCCGACGGCUUUGCGGGCAUCGUGAACAACGUCCCUGCGGCCAAGAAAAUCGAGCUUUCUAGGAAGAAGAAGGACUUUUCCAAAUCCGACCAGUGUAUCCAGUGGCAGGAAGAAGACAUUAAGCUCGCUCGGAGGGUCUUCAACUCCAAGAAUGAGGACGGAACACCCAAAACACAGCUAGCAAAGACACACGAGUACCGUGCUGCCUUCAUAGACCCGCCCUUUAAGCCAUCCGAGAAGAGAAGGAUCUAUUUCGGCCGCGAGACACCAGUUCUGGCACCUCUCACCACCCAGGGCAACCUCCCAUUCCGUCGCCUGUGCGUCGAACUCGGGGCGGCAGCAACUUACUCAGAAAUGGCCGUCGGAAUGCACAUCCUGCAGGGCCAACGUUCCGAAUGGGCACUCCUCAAGGCUCACGAGAGCGAGACGACACCGCCCCGCCUUGGGGACGCCAGUGCUGCGCCCCCUGGGUACGACAAUUCUCGCGACCUCAAGUUUGGCGCACAGAUCGCCGCCAACGCCCCCUGGAUUGCAAUCAAGGCUACUCAGGCAUUGUCCGAGUACCUUCCUCACCUUCGCCUGAUAGACCUAAACUGCGGCUGUCCCAUUGACAAGGUUUACAAGGAAGGCGCAGGAUCUGCGCUAUUGGACAUGCCGUCGAAGCUGGAGCGCAUGGUACGUGGCAUGAAUGUGGUCUCGGGAGAGGUGCCCAUCACCACGAAGCUGCGGCUGGGUGUCAAGAGCGACAAGCCUACGGCUAAGAAGACUAUCGAACGACUGGGGCUUGGGGUUACAGAUACAAGCGACGUCCUCGGUGCCCCGGGCUGCGCCGCUAUCACGCUUCACGGCCGCUCCCGCCAGCAGCGGUAUCGUUCAGCCGCGGACUGGAGCUACAUCGCCGAGUGUGGUGCAAUGAUCCAGUCUUAUCGUGAUAAGAAGGACGAGGUGACUGAUACGGUGCGGGAGCCGGACCCAAGCACUUUGACCAAUGGGGGGCGGAUGUACUUUCUCGGAAAUGGAGACUGCUACUCGCAUGUCGAUUACUUCAACGACAUUCAAAAUGCGCGUGUCGACUCCGUGAUGAUUGCCCGCGGUGCGCUCAUCAAGCCCUGGAUUUUUGAAGAGAUCGAGAAGGGGCAGUACCUAGACAAGUCUUCGACUGAGCGACUCGGCUAUGUCGAAAAGUUCGCCCGCUAUGGUCUCGAAGCGUGGGGCUCCGACGAGAUUGGUGUGAGCACCACGAGAAAGUUCCUGCUAGAAUAUUUGAGUUUCACCCACCGUUAUAUACCUGUGGGAAUCUUGGAACAUCUUCCGCCGAAGAUCAACGAUCGUCCGCCGGCCUUCAGGGGGCGUGAUGACAUGGAGUCGUUGCUUGCGAGUGACAACUAUAAGGACUGGGUGAAGAUUAGCGAAAUGUUCCUUGGCCCGGUGCCGCAGGGCUUCAAGUUUGAACCAAAGCACAAGUCCAAUGCAUAUGCCGAAGCUGAGGGCUAGGUUCAAGAUUGCUCCCAAAACGAUAGAUCAAGGCUCUUGAGCCACGAUGCAAAAGCUGGACCAAGGAUGCGGAUGUGUAAGGCAGGCAGGCGGCUGUUCAUUUCAACUGCAGAACGACGGCGUGGACGCCGAGGGAACCCGAGGUGGUGCCCAUUGUGAGGAUUAGUGGAGCAGGUGUCUAGGUAUUUUGCUGAUUUCAAAUGGCCUUUCGUGGCUGUGCCACCAACAAUCAAGCUGAUCCAUGAAAGUUGGCCGCAGUUGACGGGGCUGGAAAGGCUAUAAGUCCUACACAUAAUGCCACCUGGGCAGAAGUAACUGUUCCGCAGGAAGGCAACUAUCGGACACUCAAGAGAUAUCGUGCAACACUGUCACUGAGGCAAAAUGCAAAGAACGCAUUCAUGAAA